AUGGUGGGCUUGAUGACACGCGACUACUGCGACCACACCCUCAUCGUCAGCACCACGGACAAUCGAGAGUUUGGAGGAAGGGGGCAAGCAACAGAAAACAGCCGAUUUGGUGAUCGACAUGAUUAUAAUGAUGACGAUGAUACAGGACCAGCGUCCAAGGCCUCGAUGCUGUACCAAUGGGAGGGGAGAUAUAUUUACUCCGGAGGGUAG